AUGAAAGCUCUACAAAUACAUGGUUUUUCUGAUGCUUCUAUGAAAGCAUAUGGUUGUUGCCUGUACGCCCGUUGUGUGGAUGAGUUUGGUAACGUAUCUGUGAGGCUGAUAACUGGUAAGUCGAGAGUUGCUCCUACAAGAAUACAAUCCAUACCGCGCUUAGAGCUUUGUGGUGCUCAACUGUUGGCAAAAUUGUUUAAAAAGGUUGAAGAGGCAAUAAAAGUAGAAUGUAGCCAAGUUUUCUUUUGGGUGGAUUCCGAAAUUGUUCUUUAUUGGAUUUCGUCCUCAAGUAGUCUGCACGGAACGUUCGUAGCUAAUAGAGUAAGUGACGUUCAGUCUCUAACCUCAAAUGUUUGCUGGAGACAUGUUAGAUCAGAAAACAACCCUGCUGAUCUUGUAUCGCGAGGAAGUCUUGUCCAAGACUUGAAUUCAUCAAUUUGGUUUGAUGGUCCUGAAUUUUUAAAAUAUCCUCCAAACCAAUGGCCAGAAAAUCCAAAGGUCGAUCAAUUGAAUCUCGACUCUUCAAUAUUAGAAACAAAAAAGAUAAAAACGGUGUUAGUCUGUUUCCAAGUCGAUACGGAAUUUUUGGAACGCCUGGGAAAAUACAGUGACAUAAGAAAAACAGUUCGAAUAAUUGCCUAUAUCCUGCGAUUUCGCAAAAUAUCGAAGGGAAAAAAUGAAUUGAAGGGUACACCACUUUCUGCAGAUGAAUUGAACGAGGCUACCAUGUCUCUGGUGUGCAAAACUAUCUCCAUUCCUGGAUGUUACAGCAGGGAGUUACUUCGCGUUGGAGGUCGUAUUCGAAAUUCUGAUGAGAAUUACGACGUUAAAUUUCCUAUUAUUUUGCCAGGUGAUAGUCAUUUUGUUAAGCAGUACAUUCGACAUCUUCACAUUCAAAACUAUCACGCAGGACCUCAAGCUCUUUUAGGUUUUAUAAGAGAUAGAUUUUGGGUUACCAACGCACGACCCUUAGUAAGAUCGAUGAUCUUCAAAUGUGUUCAUUGUAAUAAAUACAAACCAAAAUUAUGUGACCAAGUAAUGGGAAAUUUACCUAAAGAUCGAGUUACACCUGGUAGACCAUUCGAAAUCUGUGGUGUUGAUUUCUGCGGACCCAUGCUAACCUCUUGGAAGAUUCGUGGCAAGGUGCCAUACAAAUCAUACGUUUCUGUAUUUGUAUGUUUUGUUACAAAAGCAGUUCAUUUGGAACUUGUUUCCGAUCUUAGCUCUGAUGCAUUUAUUGCAGCCCUCAAGAGGUUGAUAGAUAAGGGAAUCCAGUUCGAGUUCAUUCCACCUCGAGCACCCCAUUUCGGUGGUAUCUGGGAGGUAGCGGUAAAGUCGGCAGAAACUCUACUCACGAGAACCUUUGGAGGCGCUAUUCUUACCUUUGAAGAGCUCAACACUGCACUUGUUGAAGUUGAAGCCAUACUAAAUUCAAGGCCGAUUACAGCGAUGUCGUCAGAUCCAUCAGAUUUCACCGCUCUGACACCUGGCCAUUUUUUGAUUGGCUGUCCAAUUAAUUCCUUUCCGGAACCGGAAAGAAACAUUAAUCAAAUUUCUUUUCUUCAUAGGUAG